UUGGCUGGCUCUUGCUAAACCACGCUUGAGUAAUCCGAGCUGCUGCGCGCCGUGGUGAAGCCCGGAGGGGGGAACGUCAUUCCCUCUGGCAGCGGAGAAACAUUAGUCUUCCAGCCCUCAAACCACCACUACAGCGUCGGAAACUGCCGGGUCACAGCCAUUUGCUUUGGAAAAUUGGCGAUGUUUGGUGCUAGAGAUCGAUUACCCUUGUAAUCUUUCCCCACCCGCCACCUCCUCCUGCUUACCCCACCCCUACCCGCCCCAGACAAUAGCGUCCGAGCUCCUCCAGGAAAAAAAUAGAAAAGAAAGCAAGGAGAGAAAGAAGAAAGAAAGAAAAAGAAAGAAAGAAACUGGGGGAUGAAUCUGACUCCAAUAGGAAAAGCGUGUCUCUAGAAGUGGUGCUAAUGGGAAGAGAUUUCCGAGCUCCAGAGGACGAUGAUUUGUCACAAAGGGUAGCUGGCUCGGUGCUUUGGGUUGGAGCCGUGUAGGAGAUCCUUGGAGAAGUCAUUGUGCACAGAAAACCGAAGACCUGUACAAACAUGCCUGUUCGCAGAGGUCAUGUGGCACCACAAAAUACAUUUUUGGGUACAAUCAUACGAAAAUUUGAAGGGCAAAAUAAAAAAUUCAUCAUUGCUAAUGCUAGAGUGCAGAAUUGUGCUAUCAUCUACUGCAAUGAUGGGUUCUGUGAGAUGACCGGGUUCUCCAGGCCAGAUGUCAUGCAGAAACCUUGCACCUGUGAUUUUCUUCAUGGGCCAGAGACCAAAAGACAUCAUAUUGCCCAAAUUGCUCAAGCCCUGCUGGGGUCAGAGGAGAGGAAAGUAGAAGUCACGUAUUAUCACAAAGAUGGAUCUACCUUCAUUUGCAACACCCACGUAAUUCCAGUGAAAAAUCAAGAAGGAGUAGCAAUGAUGUUUAUUAUUAAUUUUGAGUAUGUAACAGAUGAAGACAAUGUGGCAUCUCCUGAGAAGUGCAAGCCAAUUUUACCAUCUAAACUUGUAAACCAUGGUAACAACCUUUCAAGUGGCUCUUCUUCAGGCAGACUUUUUGGGCUCCGGCUACCUGGAUUGAGACUUCUAACAUACAGAAAGCAGUCCUUACCCCAGGAAGACCCUGAUGCAGUCAUAAUCGAUUCGUCUAAGCACAGCGAUGACUCAGUGGCAAUGAAGCACUUUAAAUCACCUACAAAAGAAAGCUGCAGUCCUUCAGAAGUGGAUGAUACAAAAGCACUGAUUCAACACAGUAGAUGUUCACCUUUGGUUAAUAUAUCUGGACCUCUUGACCACUCAUCACCUAAGCAGCAGUGGGACAGACUUUACCCUGACAUGAUACAGACAAGCAAUCCACUAACGCACUCCAGAUCAAAGGAAAGCAUUUGUAGCAUACGGAGAGCCUCUUCAGUACAUGACAUAGAAGGCUUUAAUGUCCAUCCCAAGAACAUUUUUAGGGACCGUCAUGCAAGUGAAGACAAUGGUCGCAAUGUCAAAGUUUCACGCUCCUGGAUGGCAGGGGGGCCUUUUAAUCAUAUCAAGUCAAGUCUGUUGGGAUCCACAUCGGAUUCAAAUCUCAACAAAUACAGUACAAUCAACAAAAUUCCUCAACUCACACUGAACUUUUCAGAUAUCAAAAGUGAAAAAAAAUCUUCAUCUCCUCCUUCUUCAGAGAAAGCAAUUAUUGCACCUAAGGUGAAAGACCGAACGCACAAUGUAACAGAGAAGGUUACACAGGUUCUAUCCUUAGGGGCUGAUGUUCUACCAGAAUAUAAACUCCAGACACCUCGCAUCAACAAGUUUACUAUAUUGCACUAUAGUCCUUUCAAAGCCGUCUGGGACUGGCUCAUUUUGCUGCUGGUCAUAUACACCGCCAUAUUCACCCCCUACUCUGCUGCCUUCCUUCUGAAUGACACUGAGGAUCGGAAGAGGAGAGAGUGUGGAUAUUCCUGCAGCCCACUGAAUGUUGUAGAUUUAAUUGUGGAUAUUAUGUUUAUCAUUGACAUUCUAAUAAACUUCAGAACAACAUAUGUAAACCAGAAUGAAGAAGUGGUAAGUGAUCCAGCAAAAAUAGCAAUUCACUACUUCAAAGGCUGGUUCCUAAUUGACAUGGUUGCUGCAAUACCUUUUGACCUGCUGAUUUUUGGCUCUGGCUCUGAAGAGACAACUACAUUAAUAGGCCUUCUGAAGACAGCUAGACUGCUGCGUUUGGUGAGGGUAGCACGGAAAUUGGACAGAUACUCCGAAUACGGUGCUGCAGUUCUGAUGCUCCUCAUGUGCAUAUUUGCACUCAUUGCACACUGGCUUGCUUGCAUUUGGUAUGCCAUUGGAAAUGUAGAAAGACCUUACUUGGCUCACAAGAUUGGCUGGUUGGAUUCUUUAGGAGAACAACUAGGAAAGCAUUACAAUAAGAGUGAUGCAAGCUCUGGACCAUCUAUCAAGGACAAAUAUGUUACAGCACUUUAUUUUACCUUCAGCAGUCUGACAAGUGUAGGAUUUGGAAAUGUGUCUCCUAACACCAACUCAGAGAAAAUCUUUUCCAUCUGUGUCAUGUUGAUUGGCUCAUUAAUGUACGCUAGCAUUUUUGGAAACGUAUCUGCAAUAAUCCAAAGACUCUACUCGGGAACUGCACGGUAUCACAUGCAGAUGCUGCGCGUGAAGGAGUUCAUACGCUUUCAUCAGAUCCCGAACCCUCUGCGGCAGCGACUGGAGGAGUACUUCCAGCAUGCAUGGACAUACACCAAUGGCAUUGACAUGAACAUGGUCCUGAAGGGAUUUCCAGAAUGCUUACAAGCUGACAUUUGUCUGCAUCUCAACCAAAAUUUGCUUCAGAAUUGCAAAGCUUUCCGGGGGGCCAGUAAAGGCUGUCUUCGAGCUUUGGCUAUGAAAUUUAAGACAACACAUGCACCUCCUGGAGACACUUUAGUGCACUGUGGAGAUGUUCUCACUGCUCUUUAUUUUGUGUCAAGAGGCUCCAUUGAAAUCCUUAAGAGUGACAUUGUUGUAGCCAUUCUUGGGAAAAAUGAUAUUUUUGGAGAGAUGGUACAUCUUUAUGCAAAACCAGGAAAGUCAAAUGCAGAUGUGAGAGCUUUAACUUACUGUGACUUACAUAAGAUCCAGAGAGAAGAUCUACUAGAAGUUUUGGAUAUGUACCCUGAAUUUUCUGAUCUCUUCCUCACCAAUCUGGAAUUAACUUUUAAUCUGAGAGAUGAAACUGCAAAGUCUGACCUCGUAAUAAGAUCACAAACUACCAAUGAUACGGAUGGAGAUAACUGCAAACUACGAAGACGGAAAUUGUCCUUCCAAAGUGAAAUAGAGAAAGAUUACUUCAAAGAGAAUGACCAAAGUGAUCCUGAACCCUUGGGAGACAGCACCAGAUACUAUCAAUCUAUUAAGAAACAUUUUGAGGAGAAAAAAAGUGGGUCAUCAUCUUUUGUGUCCUCCAUUGAAGAUGAGCAAAAGCCCCUGUUCUCUGGGAUAGCUGAUUACCCAUCUGUAACAGAGAAAACCACAGAGAUGGACUUGGAAGAAAUGGAUCAUGACACAGAAGAAAUUCUUGCUGACAAAAGAAGCAGUUCUUGCAAAGACAUCAAUAAAAGAAACUGGGAACAGGAGAACAUCCAGGAGUACCAGGACUCCCCAGUUCAACCAGCAUUAUCUCAUGUUACAUGGGGAAUCUGUGAAGCUGAAAGUGAUUUUAUAUAUGGGGAAGUGGAGAAUCGAUUAGAUUUACUUCAAGAACAACUCAACAGGCUUGAAUCCCAAAUGACUGCUGAUAUCCAAACCAUUCUGCAGCUUCUGCAAAGGCAGUCAGCACUCAUCCCACCUGCCUAUAGCAUGGUGACAGCAAGUUCAGAGUAUCAAGAGCCAGCAGUCCGGGUCAUAAAAAAGCUUCAGCCUGCAGCAUCAAUUAAAACAGACAGAAGUUUCAGUCCUUCAUCUCAGUGUCCUGAAAUUUCAGAUGUUGAAAAAUCGAAACUUAAAUCCAAAGAAUCCUUCUCAAGUGGAGUGCAGCUGAACACAGCCUCAGAAGACAACCUGGCUUCUUUUUUAGACCAAGAACGUGACCAGUCUGUAGAGCAUCCCCCACGGCCUUGUAAAACUCCUCUCCCACCAGUUAGGCACCCUUCCUUGCCAGAAUCUUCACUAAGCACUGUAGGAAUCUUGAGUCUUCAUAGGCAUGUUUCUGAUCCUGGUCUUCCUGGGAAAUAG